GACCAAUGGCUUCCACAUGUGCCCCACUUCCGGCAGUGUUACACUGCUGUUCCCCUGGUGUGUGGAGAAGAUGACUUCCCUGAGAGCAUUUACCUGCGAUGAUCUGUUCCGAUUCAACAACAUAAAUUUGGAUCCACUCACAGAAACUUAUGGGAUUCCUUUUUACUUGCAGUAUCUGGCACACUGGCCAGAAUAUUUCAUUGUUGCUGAAGCUCCAGGAGGUGAACUUAUGGGUUACAUAAUGGGCAAAGCUGAAGGGUCUGUGGCUCGAGAAGAGUGGCAUGGACACGUCACUGCGCUCUCUGUUGCACCUGAAUUUCGACGCCUCGGGUUAGCCGCCAAACUGAUGGAACUGCUUGAAGAAAUUUCUGAAAGGAAAGGAGGAUUUUUCGUUGACCUCUUUGUAAGAGUUUCCAAUCAGGUAGCAGUGAACAUGUAUAAACAGCUGGGCUAUAGUGUAUAUAGGACUGUAAUAGAGUACUACUCGGCCAGCAAUGGGGAGCCAGAUGAGGAUGCAUAUGAUAUGAGGAAGGCGCUAUCAAGAGACACAGAAAAAAAGUCCAUUAUACCCCUACCCCACCCUGUUAGACCGGAAGAUAUUGAAUAACCAUAGCUAUGGUUCUUGGGCAAAGUAGUGAAGAUUAUAUCUUCAUAUUAUGUACAUAGCAAAGUACUUGGCUUAGUCCUGCAACCUUCUUUAUACUCGAUGAAAUGUUGUUGUUUUUUUGUUGGC